AAUUAAUGGUCCUAUUUUUAUAAGUCAUAGAGUACUCAAAUUUCUAGGUUCUAAGAAGCUAAGAUGGCCUCUUCAGGAGUUAAGGGAGACAGUUAUCGUUGCUAUUUGCAUGGAGAAGGAGAAAAGAACACCAAAUGGAGGUAUGGUGCCCCUCCUAACUAUGGUGCUGUCAACAAGCUCUUUGAAGAAGGCAGAACCAAGAUAUGGCCUCCGGGAUCACUAGAAGAACAAGUGCAAAACCUUGUAAAGACAUGGGAAAUGGAGAUGUUCCAUAAAACAAGGGAUGAAGACUUUAAAGCAAGUGAUCCUAAGAAGUACACAUUCAGCCUAAAUGGAAGGAAAGCUGUAAGUUUGGAAGAGAAGCGAAAGCUUGGGGGAGGCUACAACUCUUUGCUGCAAACCUCAUUGCCAGAUGAGUUCCGGUGCUACAACCCGGCAGAAGAAACGGUGGAUUCAGCUCAUAGGGCUUUCACAACCGCAUUUCCGCGCGGGUUUGCUCUAGAGAUUCUCCAUGUGUACUCUGGUCCUCCACUGAUCGUGUACAAGUUCAGGCACUGGGGUUACAUGGACGGUCCUUUCAAAGGUCAUGCCCCUACCGGAGAAAAGGUUGAACUCUUUGGGAUGGCAAACUUUGAGUUGGAUGAACAUGGGAAAAUUGUGAAGGUUGAGUUCUUUUUCGACCGCGGAGAACUUCUUGGAGGCCUUCUGAAGGGAGCAAGCUUUGACAGUUCCAGUAAAGAGGCAGCUUUAGCUUGCCCAUUCUUGAGGAACACAGGGUAGCUUCAUAAGCUAACCGCUACAAUGUAAUAAUAUGGCACUAGCAAUGCACCAAUGAAUAAGCAAUGCCCAGAUUGGCAUACAAUGUGUACUUCACCCCCAUGGGGUUUUGACAUUGACAUCUGCUCUUUAAUUUUUCAAGGACUUGA